AUGGGUGAGGGGGUUCUGGCUUUUUUGAAAUUUCUGAAAACUUCCCAUCUGGUAGGAUUACAGGAGAAGUCAUGUCUGCGAAUCGUUUGCGGAAAUGAGUCCGCAGACCUGGACUCUGUUGUCUGCGCGAUCACGUACGCUUACCUUAGCUACAUAAAGGACCCGAGCAAGCCCGUUUUACCGGUCGUGAAUAUUAUGAAACAAGACCUAGAACUAAGGAGAGAUAUCGUUUGGGUUUUGCAGCAGCGAAAUAUUCCGCAUUCAUUGCUAUACUUUCAGGAAGAUCUUCGCGAAUUGAAAAGAAAGCUAAAUUGUAAAGUUGAUGCAAUUCUUGUUGAUCAUAAUGACCAGCAAUCAGUAGCAAGGAAACUGGUGGACUCGGUAAUUGGGAUUAUUGACCACCAUGAAGACCUGGGGUUACAUCGCCAAAUCAAAGACGGGCCAAGGAUAAUAACAAAGGCUGGCAGCUGCUCAUCGUUAGUUUCUAAUUACUGGUUUGACACCCAAAAAAUAAAGCAAAAUAACGUAGGGAAAGACGCAGCUCUCUUAUCUGUGGGUGCUCUUCUCACUGACACUUCGAAUAUGUCUCACAGAGUUGAAAGACCAGAUUUAGUUGCGUGCGAACGAUACAAAGCCGAAUUAGAUGACUUCGAUUUCGAUAAAUAUUUCCAAAGCAUUCGUCAGGCGAAAGAAGACAUUACAGGACUUUUGUUAAGAGACGUUUUGCGUAAGGAUUACAAGGAGUUUGAAUUUUUGUCCUCUCAGAAAAAGAGUAUAAGAUGUGGUAUGGCAUCGGUAGUUAAGCCCCUAGGAUGGAUUAUUGAACAGUACUCAGCCGAUGGUUUUGCUACUGCAUGUAAUAAUUUUCUUGACGAAAGAUCACUGGAUAUUUUAUUGAUACUUACUAGCUGGACUGAGGAAGGGGAGUUCCGCCGCGAACUUGCGUUUUACGCCAAGACAUCCGAAAACAUUCAAAUUUCCCUCAAAGUGGCCAGCAAAGUUCAAGGAAGUUUAAGUUUGGAAGCUCUUCCGGCAAAAAUGGCGCUUGCAGAUUCGAAGUUCUUAUUUUACAACCAAUUGAAUACCAACGCUAGUAGAAAACAAGUGGUGCCACACACACAAGCAGCAAUACAAAGUCUAUGA